UUCAUAGACAGCGGAGAGUAUGCGGAAAGUGCAAGAAUAAACAACCGGGCUCCCUUUAAAGAGAGCACACAGCUCGGUGGUUGUGUUACAGGUUCGUUUCCAUCCUCCAACAUGGCGUGGACAAAAUAUCAGUUGUUCUUGGCGGGGCUGAUGCUCACAACUGGCUCCAUCAACACCUUAUCCGCAAAAUGGGCUGACAUGUUCUCAGCAAAGGGUUGCCAUGGUAACCCUGAACACGCCUUUUCCCAUCCAUUUGUACAGGCUGUGGGAAUGUUUCUGGGCGAGUUCAGCUGUCUCGCCGUCUUCUACAUCUUGCUGUGCCAUGACAGACGCAGCCCAGAGCCAAGAAUGAACAUCGGCCAGAGCUUCAACCCUCUACUCUUCUUCCCUCCUGCAAUGUGUGACAUGACAGCCACGUCCAUCAUGUAUGUUGCUCUCAACAUGACGAGCGCCUCCAGUUUCCAGAUGCUUCGCGGCGCCGUCAUCAUCUUCACCGGUCUCCUGUCUGUAGCUUUUCUGGGUCGUCGGCUCGCACCCAGUCAGUGGCUCGGCAUCUUCGUCACCAUCCUCGGCCUGGUGGUAGUGGGACUCGCCGACUUUGUUAGUGGCCACAGAGAUGACUCCCACAAGCUCAAUGAUGUCAUCACAGGUGAUCUCCUGAUCAUCAUGGCUCAGAUCAUCGUUUCGGUGCAGAUGGUGCUGGAGGAAAAGUUUGUCUACAAGCAUGAUGUGCAUCCUCUUCGAGCCGUUGGAACUGAAGGUUUGUUUGGUUUUGUCGUCCUUUCCCUGCUGCUCAUCCCCAUGUACUUCAUCCACGUCGGGAACUUCAGCGACAAUCCUCGGCAGGUCCUGGAGGACGCGCUGGACGCCUUCUGUCAGAUUGGAUACAAGCCCCUCAUCCUUUUGGCUCUCCUGGGCAACACGGUCAGCAUCGCCUUCUUCAACUUCGCCGGGAUCAGCGUCACCAAGGAGAUCAGCGCCACCACCCGGAUGGUGUUGGACAGCCUGCGUACGCUGGUCAUCUGGGUGGUGAGCCUGGCGCUGGGCUGGGAGCAGUUUCACGGCCUGCAGGUUCUGGGAUUUGUGGUCCUGCUGACAGGCACGGCGCUCUACAACGGACUGCACCGCCCCCUGCUGGCCAGGAUACCGUGGUGCGCCGCCAGGAUGAACCUGGACGAUGAAGGCAGCGAUGCGGAAAGAGAGAGACUGCUGAAUGAUGGAAGGGUGCUGGCCAGUGAAGACACAUAAACUGAGCUGAAACACUCGGCAAAACAGUUCCACAGAAACUGCAGCUCUUAUAAAUGCUGUCAGACGUUUUUUACGCAUUUUCUGUUCAUGCCUCAGGUUUUUACUGAUCUCAUAAAAUGCUGUAGUAUGAAACUAAUUUUUAAAGUAAUACUUUAACAUUUUGGGGGGGGGGGAACUUUCUUUUCUUGCAGAGAACUUUAAAAGUUUACUGACAACACUUUCUUAAAGGCGAAUCAAUUUGACUUCAUACAUUUAUUCAGGAAGAAAAAAAAAACAAAGUCACUGCUGGCACACUCAUCGGUCCUCCCGCUGUGAAUAAUUUGUACAAUCCCCUUUUAUCUGUAGAAUAGCACUUACUCUUCUUCUAUAACAUGUACACACUUAUAACAGGUUUUCUACAGGAUUUAGGUUUGAGAGGGGAAAAAAGGUUAAUUUUGUGUCUGUUGAACCCUUUCUGUGUUGUCUGGGUUAAUAUGCUGCUGAGAGACUCAUUGACUAUCUUUAAUCUUUUAAUCUGAGUUUUAUUUAAAUUGUCUUGGUAUUUCGAAGAGUUAAUAUUGGGAUGCUCUCUGAGAUUACAUGGGCAAAAUCUCGGCUAAAUAAGUGCUAAAUAAACCACUUAUUUAGCAGUGCUAAAUAAAACCCACAGCUUUAUUUAGCUGUGAGCUAAAUAACAGCCAAAGCACUGCUUUUCCAAUGCAGUGCUUUUCCAAAUUAUUAUUCUUUAUUUUAAAUUAAAGCCAGUUUACUGGCAUCACUCCUAAAUAACUGCUCAGCAUGUAGAUAAAGUUUUUUGCUUGUUACAGAGUCUUGGGAGCCCCAUGAUACAAGUGGAAGUUAUACCAGAUAAAAGUGCUUAGAAAUCCUGAUUCGCAUAAAAAUGUAAAGACAGAGAAAUUUAAAUUGACUUUAACUGGAUUUUAAAAGCGUCUUGUUCUUUUGGUGAGAAGUUAGGAAGAUUUACAGACAUUGAUUUGGGUAUUGUGUUUCUUAUACUACCAGUUUCUUUGUUGCAUUUAUUUUUCUUUGUAACUGGAAGAAGGCUUCCAGGUUUGAGGUCAAACCUCAAGCAUUAAUUAAUGUCAACAUUAAUUAAUGUCAAUGUUGACAUUAAUUAUUCUGCAAUGUGAAUAAUUUGUUCUUGUCCCAAAAUGUCAGACAAUUACAAGCUAGAAAUGGAAGACGUGGAAAGGCUUGAACAUCACAACGUUUUAAAGGGAGUGUUUCUGUGUAAGAGGAACUUUUAGUUUCUUAGACAUUCUUAAAGAAGCCAAAAAAAUGUUUUGUGUAGUUUUUUCUAAUUAUUUUUGCUCUUUCAUUUUUAGAAAAGAAGCUCGGGAAUUUAGUUUGUUGGUAUUUGGAGCAAAAAUCCUAGAGUGCACUUUUGUGGAAUAAAAAACCUGCCCACAUGACUUCUUUUUCUGUAUUUUUAAAUUUUGUUUCAAGUCAGACAGUCAUCUCAUCAUGUGUCAAGUCUGAAAUAAGUAAAUUUCAUUUGUUGUGCCAAGUUUUCUGCUUGUAUAUGGGCAGUCAUUAUGUUUCCUUGUAGACAGCACUACAGGUAUUUCAGAAAAAAGUAUUGCCAAUUUUUUAAAAUCCCAGUUGGGAUGAUUCCUAAAAUUAACAACGUGGAUAUGAUUGAAAACUCUGACAUGUUUUAUUUUUCAGAGCUUCAAGAGUGUCCUGUUAUUGACUGUACAAUGAAGAAUAAAAAAAGGGAACUUUUAUGUGCAUGUGUUAAAGUUGAAGAUUUUAUAGAAUAAAACAUGCACAAAAAUCCCACACUUACAUUUCACAAGUAAAGAUUUAGGGCCUUUAAGUUUUUAGAUAAUUUUAAAUUGAAUGCAUCAUCAAUUUAGCUAUAAAGUAAGACUUUUGAAUAUGCUGAAUAAUAAUAAACAUGUAUCUUAAAAAGACA